AUGAAGGAAAACGACAAUGAAAGACUACAUGCGGAUAAUAACACAGACAUAGCGAAUAUGUUUAAUGAAUAUUUUGCUUCCAUCUUUACGUCUGACUCUGACAGUAAUUCUGAACGCCAAGAUCAUUCACAAGUUAUUACAAUUGAUAACAUUGCAUUAUCGGAGGAAGAAGUUAUGGCUGUGAUAAUGAACUUAGAUAGCAAUAAAGCACAAGGUCCAGACAACAUUCCAGCUCGUUUGUUGAAAGAAACAGCCAUGCAGAUUACCCCAUCACUCUGUGCACUAUUUAACAAGUCUCUACGUGUUGGUGUUCUUCCUAGUGUCUGGAAGCUUGCAAACGUGGUCCCUGUCCAUAAACAUGGAGAGAAGACUUACGUCGAAAACUAUCGACCAAUUUCGCUGCUAUCACUCAUCUCCAAGGUUCUCGAACGUUGUAUAUUCAAUAACAUCAAAUAUCACGUUUACGAGCAUAUAAAUCCUUGUCAGAACGGUUUUAUGCCUGGGAAAUCGUGCAUCACUCAGCUUAUUGAAGUUCUCGAACAGAUAGGCCGUGAGUUGGAUCGCGGCAGGCAGAUUGACGUACUUUAUUUGGACAUGUCGAAGGCGUUCGAUAGAGUAAGUCACGUGGAGUUAAUACAUCGUCUUCGCGAAUUCGGGUUUAGAGGGAGCGUUCUCGAUUGGUUCAAUUCUUAUCUGACCAAUCGAUACCAGCAAACAACCGUUCUCGGAGCAACGUCGAAACCACUCCCGGUAACAUCAGGAGUGCCACAGGGGUCCAUCCUCGGUCCGUUGUUGUUCUUGCUGUACGAGAAUCAUCUCCCAAUGCUGUGACUAAUUCAAACAUUGCUACAUUUGUUGAUGAUACCAAAAUCUUCAAGACCAUCAAUUCCAUCUCUGAUGCAGCUGUUCUGCAGUGUGACCUGUCAAAAUUUGAGAAAGGCUCGACCAACGUGAACCUGGAAUUAAAUGCAAGCAAAUGCAAAGUGUUAAGAGUCACCCGUAAGCACAACAAAAUCAUCUACCCGUAUACGCUGCAUGACACCAUUCUAGGAAGCACGGACAGUGAGCGUGAUCUUGGGAUAUUAACCUCAUCUAGCCUGACUUGGUCUAAACAUGUCGAGUACCAGUGCGCCAAAGCCUCCAAGACCCUAGGAUACAUUCGUAGAUCAACGUUCGACAUCAAAGACAUUGCAGUUCGCCGCACUCUAUACUUGGCUCUCGUUCGUACGCAGCUAUGCUAUGGUUCACAAAUCUGGGCACCACAAACCAUCAAUCUAAUCCAACGCACAGAAAGACUUCAACGACGCGCGACUAAGUACGUCUUGGAUCGACCCUUCCGUUGUGAAACUACAUACAACCAGAGACUUUCACGUUUAGGGCUUAUUCCAUUGAGCUACUGGCAUGAAUUCCUGGACAUGGUUGUGUUCUACAAACUAAUUCGUGGACUCAUGAGAAUUGACGAACAUUUCCUGCCUCAACCAACAAGUGUCAACAGCCAAAGGGAAACAAGAUCAUCCGAUCCUGACCAUUUGUCAUUCACGACAACACGAUGCAAGACAACCACAUUCCAAAAGUCCUAUUUAAAUAGAUGUACCAGAAUGUGGAAUGUACUAACAAAGAACUUGACAGGCAAUAACACCAGCCUUAGUCAGUUAAAAAAUGGACUUUUUAUGUACUAUAAAGUAGCAUUACAAACGGUCUACGACGUGGAUGAUCCAAGAACAUGGAAAUCAAUAUGUUUGUCCUGUAACAAGUCCCGUAAUCUGUCCUGUGAAGUAUCGUGUUGUUAUUAGUUUAAUGUGUUUAUAUGUAAGGGCCGCUGUAAUUGGCGUAAGCUGUAGCGUGUUCCCUGCCAUUGUCCAUAUAUGUAUUUUCUGUGUUUUAAUGUUUAUUGGCAAAGUUAAAUAAACAAAUAUCGUAGCCAUUUAAACUUGAAUUUGAAAUAAAGUUAAACUUCCUGUUCCAGGGCCGUACACAGGGCUAUAUUUACGAUUUUUAGAAUGUCAUUAUUAAUUAUUAUUUUGAUAUCUGGAACUUUUUUCGGCAUAUAGGCCUUACUGCCCCCCUGGUGAAAAAAUCCUGCGUACAGCCCUGUCCUGUUCAGAUGUGUAUUCAACUGGCACAUUUAGAAUUUUUUUCAAAGAAACUCAGGCAAAUGCUCCUGAUCGGCCAGAUUUUUAUUUGAUCGUUAAAAAGUCGUGAUCGGCGAUCACCAUGAUCGGGAACGUUGGGAACGUUAUUUCGAGCCCUGAACCCAUAGUAUGAUUAUUUAAAUCGAAGUCCAAAAUUCGAAAUUUCAGCAUACUCCUUGAAGACCGCGGAAACAAAAACAAUGAAAACUAACGUCUAAUAGUUCCAUCUUUGACUUCAUUUCUUGGACUCGAGUCCUCGUUCCAGAUAUAUAUGGAGCUCACUGUCCAGAUGAAUGUCUAUUGUGUUGUGUAGCAAUUCAAUUCAUUAUCUUUGUACGUGGCAUAUACAAAUUCUGAAUUUACCUACACUCUUUGCCUUUAAAUUCAUAUUUCUGGAAUUGCAAUCUAUAAAAUUUUUACCGACGAGGACAAAAACAUAUCGGUUGAGAUAUAAAAUCUUUAAUUUUUAAUUAUUGUUAUUUUGCAUCAAUAUUUGCAUUUCUUUUUCAGACAAAAAUCCAUUCCCACCACACCCUGAUAUGUCUAAAGAAGGAGCUUUGUGGUUUCCAGAUCUAACACUACCUGACUACACAGGAAUGCUGCCAGUAUUUUUGGGUGUGGCAAAUCUUGCAAACAUAGAGGUACACUAUCACCAAUGUUUGUUAAAUUGAACUUCUGCGGAUUUCUGUUGUUUUCUGUUGUAAGGUUUACUUGGAUAAGAAUCUGCAAGGGAAGGGUUUUGAUAUCUACCCAGGGAAAAGCAGAUCUGGCGAUUAUCCUUAUCAGGGGUAAUUGGGAAAUGUUACCUUAGUUCAAUAUUAGACACGACGACGAACGCAACAUUUCAGGAUUUCGAUCAAUUUCAAACGCAACAGGAAACAUGCAUCAUAUACAGUAUAUACAUGCAUUUGUGGUUAGCAGUCAGCAACUUGAUUGUGUAUAGUUCGGUUGGUUAGAGGAUGCAUCGGAAUGGCAGGUUCGAUUCCUGCCAGAUGGCAAAGUUGCAUUAUUCACAACUGCUCCUCGUUACGUCUAAAAAUGUAUAUAAAUUUGCGUUCGAAUAUUCCACUCUACCAAAACUCGUCCACUCUAUUAGUUGCCGGUAAUCUCCAUAUUUAUAGGUUUUAUAUAUCUGAGUGUAAACUGCCGGUUGUCUUAGAUCCGACUGCUAAAAUUCGUCUUCUUCAAAUAUAAAUUCGUGCAAAAUGUCUACAACUUUGAUCUAAUUCUGUUAGGCUAUAAAGUCUUAGUCACUGCUUGUGUUGCUCAUAGUUCAAUAUAGUUGUAACAAAUUUGUGACUCAUGAAUGCAUGCUUUAGCAGUAGAAUCUGGUAAUUUUAAUUAUCAUUGUAUAUCUAGCUAAUAAAGUGAGUUCUGGAUAAAUAACAAUAUCUACUGAUCGACCCCCCUCAGCAAGGAAGGUCCAUCAGUAGACCAUCACUGAAUUUUCUUCAGUUAAACGCACGAAAGAUGUCAGUGGUAAGCGUUUAGGACUUCAUGCCUUAAUUUGCAUGUGAUCAGAUCUAAAUUUUUAAAUCUAUUUUUUGAUCGAAAAAUUUCGUGUUAGAAAAUGCAGAACUCAUGUUGUAGAACACUUGUUCGAGACCAAAGGAUGAGGAAGUUUUUGCAUCAACAGAAACGGAUUACGAAAAACAAAACGCUGUUGAAAUACUUCUUCAAAUUAAUCAUUUAUUUUGUAAUGAAUGAUAAAAUAUAGUUAUAUUGAUUAUAAAUCUGCAUAUAUCAGUUCCACAGAAAUUUGUUAAGAAACGAUCCGCUCUAUAACCGGGGUUAGUUCAUUCUUGUUUUCUCAACUUUCUUUUAGCUCAGAUCAAUUAAAUAAAAAUAGAUAAAAAAGAUAAAAAGAAACACCUCCAGGCCAGAAAGUGUAGACGAUCGGUCACAUCGCGUGGCCGCGAGUGACAGCCGCGUGUUAAAGGUUUAGUUUAUAUUAUCGCAUGGAUGUCUCGCUCAGAAAACUAAUACUAAUACGGCUUCUAAAAUAUGGUCGGAUAAGGAAGAAAGGAACACAUGAAAAAACAAAGUCGGGAAAUCGGUAAUCUUGCAAAAUAAAUAUAAGCAUGGCCUCACUUGGUCACCACUGUUAACCACUGCUUAAACUCACUGUUAAACUCACUUGGCCAACACUGCUUUCCAGUUAACCGUUUUUCAUACGUACAUAUGCACGGAAAAGUUUAUAUAUUUCUUGUCCUUUUAUUCAUUUAAUUAUCGAAGAAGAAACUUUUAAACGGAAUUAAAGUUUUCCUUGCGUGUACGGACGUAUGAAAAACACUUAACUGGAAGGUUUUGCCUUUACGACAAAUGGAAGCCAUGUGUGUAUGUCAGUUAACUAUUGAUGUCUGUUUUCUUUCGAUAUAGCUUCACGCACUCAAGAGGAAAGAUCCUGCGUUAAAACAACGAACGUUCACUAUGUUCUUUCGACUGUUGUCACUUUGUAUGAUUGUGGUUGCUCUCAAAAUGCCUGCAGUAAGUGUACCUUUUUAUCUUUUUAUCGCGAUCUUGUGGAUUUCUGGGACUUUCCCAAUUUGUUUGGUUACUUCUAUGCAAAACUGGCAAAAGAACCAGACAUGAAACUACUGCAGUGCGGUGCCUCGAGCAUGCGCAACAAGUGCACCACGAGCGCGAAGACAUUAUUUUUUAAGUACCAAUGCUUAUGAUUCGAACAAACUAGGGUCUGUCUACAUGAUUAUUUACAGAUUUGCUGGGACCAGUGAAAUGAAUAUAACUGGAAUGCUAGUGCCAGUCUCAGUCUAGUUUAGUUUUUAAAUUGACAUGCUCGUUCCUGAACUGCAUCGCGAGAGAAUCCCGAAGCAUAAACACGCGGGUCUUGACCACCAGAUUUGGUUUCAUGAAAAAGAUUAAUCUGAAGUUCGCGUUCCAGUUAUAUUCAUUUCACUGACCGGGACGAGAUGGAAGGCGCGGGAUAAUUUUGAUGUAUUAAAACAAGCCACCAUGCGAUUCCCCUGCGAUUCCACCCCUGCGAUUCCGGUACAGCACUCUAACCAACUGAGAUGUAAUCGAUAAAACAGGAAUAACUUGGGGUUUAAAAGCCUAUUCAACCGGACCGGGGUGUUUCUUUUGUAGGAAAAACGAAGAAGAAGCGAUGUUUCAAUAAAGGCCAUAAAUUUACCUGUACAUGUCUUUGUCAGUGGACACAGCUGUUUUUGAAGCAACUCUUAAUUCUGUGCGAGUAGUGUCGUACUCAUAGGCAGGCAGAUAGAGGAUAAAAAAUAAAUGAAAACUCACCAGUAUCGAGGGGCAAUUUCAUCUUGAAUUCAUCUUGUGCCUUUAAGGCUGGUAAGUACAUUUGUGUAUGCAGUUGGCGGCGUUCAAAUGUCGUGUGGGCUGCUGUCAACACGUUUUUCUUCGAUUUUCCUAUUAAAUUCCUAUAUUUUUGAAAACGUGAAAUUUCAGGUUCCUUAGUUUAUAGAAAAAUUAACCUGUAGCAUUAGAAAACUUACAAAAAAACUACAUAUAAGGCAAUUUUUUGAGCUUUUGAAAAGGUGUUUUCAGACUAGUGUCCAGGAUUUAACUCGAACAACGGUUGAAAAAUCAAGGUAACCGUUUGAAUGUCUUUAUAUGUAGUCGAAGAAAUCGAAGAAAUCGACGUGUUGGCAGGAACCCAGACAAAAUUUGAACGCCGCCGACAAACAGAAAUGUACUUACAAGGUGAAGGCAAAAUAGAAUUGCUCCCUGGUGGGGUGAGUUUUUUCCCUCCUAUCUGCCUGACUAAAGCCUAUCUGCCUGACCGCAUGUCUUAUACCUCUUUCAUUAUAAGAAAGGAAUUUGCUUAUUGCCCCAACACUCUAUCUACCCCCAUCUUCCUUUAUUCGCACAAAAUUACGCUUGUUUUGAUUACAUUCACUGAUUGUCUUCCACGCUUGUUGUCAUCACAUUAAUUAUACAUUGUAUAGUAUUUGAAUUGAAAUAAUUGUCAUGCAUAUUAUAUUACUACAUAAAGUACCCCUUUGUCUGUAAGCCCACCUCUAAUAAGCCAGUUUUCGGCUUUCAAAAGACCACCUACGUUAUCAUACAUGAUUCCUAAUAUAUAUUCCUCAUCCUAGUUCUCGUAGUGAAUUUUUAUGGUUUUAAGUACAAAAUUUCAACUAUUUUAUUCCAUUGAUAGGCUAUGUCGUUGUAUUGGAGUGUAUCAGCCAGUUUUGGACUGCUUCAGAAUAUAUCCCUGAAAUUUCCUCGCGUGCGCCGAAUUCUUGGAAUACCAAAGACGCCGUCAGAGAGUGCAAUGCCUUUUAAAGAUAUGGCGUCGGUGAUUGCAGGACGUGCUGCAAAAUUCCUGGAGGUCCAAAAAGAUCACAUGAGAAAGAAAUGAAGGUUAAUGCGUGGUUAUAACUAGGAAAUCCUCAACUUAUGAACGAGAGUUAUCCUCUAUACAUUGCUUAACCUGCGCAGAAACGACUUAAUAUGAUGCCCGUGCAAGGCGACGUUUAGGGCAGCGAAUUUAAUAAGCUGCCAAGUAAAUGGUACUGGUAGAAAAUGAC